AGAGAGAAAGAGGACACACCGUUGACAAAAAUGGCGUAUCGCGGUGUGAAGGGAUCCGAUCCAUUUGUGUCAAAAACUUCGCGAAAUGAGCGCUUCGCGCAAAUGUCAAAGCAAGAACAAAUCAUCCCAAAAAAAAUGGAGAUUCAAGCGAAGAUGCAAGAACAAAAAGCAAAGGAAGCUGUGGAGUGCAUGAAAAAGUCAAGCUCAUCAGCCUCGACUCCAACACCCAGCAAGAGCGCUGGUCCCAAGGAAGAUGAUGAGAAGCCUACUAUGAAUGUAUUUGCCAAUGAUGGCACUUUCCUGGAUAGAUUUAAAAAGAUAACGAAUAAGACGACAAGUUCUGGUAAGCAAGAACAGGAUAAGGAAGAUAAAAGGAAGGACGAGAGAAGUUAUGAAAGUGUUAGAGAAAGAGACAGAGAAAGGAAGCGCAGUAGCGACAGGAGUAGAGAUUGGGAUAGUAGACGCGAUCGUAGGAGAAACGAUACGCGAUGGGGAAGAAGUUUAGAUAGGAAGCGCAGUUCGUCGUCGAGUCCAUCACCUACUAGGCGAAGAUCGCCGCCUAGUCCAGAGACACGGCAUAGCUAUGGUCAAUCACAGAAUGGGCAGCGUGCACAGUUUAAUCAGCAGUUUCCGAUUCAAAACAAUAACCAUGUCUCUUCCAUCCCGUCCCUCAUGUCCCAGCCGGUGCAGAUGCAAAUAACGAAUAUACCACCACCAAAUAUAAGGAACUUGACCCCAAAUGUUCCAUCUGCGCAUAUACCAAGGAUGCCAGCAGUGUCGAAAAAUUUUAGCGAUAAUUACACUAACAUAAAUGAGCAUUCUAACAACGUGAGAAUGCAAAUUGCACCGCCGCAUAUCAUACGUCCUCCACCUCCUCUUCCACUCCAGAGCAUUCCACCCAACACCAAUGUUCCACCGCCAAACAUGCAAAUAUCUCAACCUAUACCGAUACCUAAUCUACCUUCGCCAUCAAAUGCACAACAGCAUAUUAUACAGAAUUCUCAACAGUGCAGUGUACCACCACCAGCGUGCAAUGCCAGUUUACAACCUCCAAAUAUUCCUCCACCUAAUAUACCACCACCGAAUAUCUUGCCACCAAUGACACAAAUGCCACCGACCAUGAUGCCUAUUACGGGCUCGCAAGCCAUCGUGGUAACGGUACCAAACGUAGCCAAUGUUCCACCUCCAAAUGUGAUAACAUCCAUGAUAAUGUCGGCGCCUCCGCCAGUGCAUACCGUCCCGUCAACAAUCAAUUCGGUUCCACCACCAAACUUGAAUAUACCACCGCCAAACAUCCCGCCUCCCAAUGUCAUUCCUAAUGCAGCACCAUCGCGCGGUCUAAUAUCCAGCGGCUAUGCUCUUUCUAAUCAGGUACCCAUUUCGGUGGGCCCUCCUAAUGUACAAAUACCACCGCCCGUGAGACCGCCGGCCAAUCUGCAAAGUUCCGAACAAGUGUGUUUAGUAGAGGCUGAGCAGCUGGCACGAAUCGUAGCUGACUGUGGGGAUGAGAUUGAACAAGAAGUACGAGAGAAGAAUGCCCAAGAUCCUAAAUUAUGGUUUCUACAUCAAAAGCAAAGUGCAGCGUAUCUGCAGUACAGGGGAUUGGUAUCAAAAUUACGUGCGGAGAAGCCAGACAAGGAUAAGAAGAAUAGUGGUGCGGAACUUUACUGUCCUGAGGAAGCUCUUAGUGACAAUGAUGAAGCGGAUAAAUCUCAGAAAUCUCAAACAACUCCACACGAUCAGUCAAAGGAUGAUAACAAGGAAGAACGGAGAAGAAGAAAACGUAGUCGCUGGGGUGAUCCAGAUAAUAAGAUUCUCGUUACAGAAACAAAUGUAUCUUCUGCUAAUAACAGAUCAGGUACUAUGCUUCCUCAACCUGGUAUAGCCAUACCGGGACAAAUUGGGCAACCUGCAGUCAUAAUACCUUCUCCAACGAAAAGACAACAGACUAAAUCAAAGAAUCCAAUGCUUACCAAGAUUUCACGGAAUGAUCCUGCGCUUAUUCAUUAUGCGAGACAGACUUUGAUGUUACAAAAGCUUGGAUGGAGCGAAGGACAAGGGCUGGGUAGUGAGGGUAGCGGUCGUAUUGAACCAAUCAAUAAAGCAACAAAUAGACUCGAUAGUGCAGGUUUAGGUUCUGAAAGACCAGACGGAGUAUCUAGAGAUGAUGAUGAAUUUGACGCAUAUAGAAAACGAAUGAUGCUUGCUUAUAGAUUUAGGCCUAAUCCAUUAAAUAAUCCGAGGCGACCUUAUUAUUAAGAAUCAAGAUACAUCAUCAAUUAAUUAGUAUUCCUUUUAUUACUAAUGUAGAUUGCCUUUAUUUUGUAUAUUUGAAAUUGUAUAUUUCAUUUUAAAAUAUAUCUCUUAUAAAAUUUCUGCUUUUUCUCUAAGCAAAAUUUUUUAGGAGAAAGCGCUCUAACAAAGUUUGAACUUUAAAAAGUUCAAAUAGUAAAAAGACAUGUAGAUAUCACGACUCUAUGAAUAUAAAUUUUAUUUUAAUUCGUAAUUUUUGUGUAUUAUAAUGUAAAAAAGUUGCGUGUUAUCUCUUUAAUAGUUUCUUUAGUAAAUAUAUAAAAAAAUCAA